CAGGACGAUGAGUCGCCUGUCAGCUGCUUUAACGUCGUGUUCACUGCUUUUUGUUAGUUUAUUAAUAAGCAAACCUGUUGAACGGGAUGCAGAACAAUGUUCUAAAUCAACGUCAUCAAGUCAACCCAAAGCCGCGUGUGGCCCCGCCCCCCUCGUUCACCGGGACGGGGAAUAAAAACCGGUGAUUCUCGCCGGUCGCGGUGUCUUCUUGCCGCUUCUCCCGAUCAGCUGUUGCGGUUCGACGUCGCUUCAUCGCCGGCUGUGAUUCAGCGCGUCUCUCUCUCACCACGCGGGACUCACCAAAGCUUCUGCCCGGUUCCCCGGUCCAUCAUGGCGAGCCAACCAUCCGACGUCCUCAGCAAGGUGUUCAACGAUCCCAUCCACGGCCACAUGAAGAUGCACCCUCUGCUCAUCAGAAUCAUCGACACGCCUCAGUUCCAGAGGCUCCGUCACAUCAAGCAGCUCGGGGGGGUCUACUUUGUUUUCCCCGGAGUGUCCCACAACCGCUUCGAACACUCCCUCGGGGUGGCGCAUCUGGCAGGAAAACUGGUCCAAGCUCUGAAAUGGAGGCAGGGAGACCUCAAAAUCACCCGCAGAGACGUCCUCUGUGUGCAGAUCGCCGGGCUCUGCCACGACCUCGGACACGGGCCCUUCUCCCACAUGUUUGACGGAAAGUUCAUCCCCAAAGCGCGCCCAGAUAUCACCUGGAAGCAUGAGGACGCCUCCGUUAAAAUGUUUAACCACCUGGUGAACGUCAACGAGCUGAAGUCGGCGAUGAAGACGUACAAGCUGAAGCUGCCUCGCGACCUGUAUUUCAUCAGGGAACUGAUCGCCGGACCAAUGGACCCGGAGGACCUGGAGGACCCGGAGGCUCCUCAGUGGCCCUAUAAAGGCCGUCCAGAGAACAAGUCCUUCCUCUAUGAAAUCGUGUCCAACAAAAGAAACGGCAUCGAUGUGGACAAGUGGGACUACUUUGCCAGGGACUGCUACCACCUGGGCAUCAAGAACAACUUUGACCACGACCGCUGCCUGAUGUUCACCAGAGUGUGUGAGGUGAAGGGGCGGAAGCAGAUCUGCUUCAGAGACAAGGAAGUGGGAAAUCUGUACGACAUGUUCCACACAAGGAUUUGUCUCCACCAGAGAGCCUACCAGCACAAAGUGGUCAACAUCGUGGAGAUUAUGAUCACGGAGGCCUUUUUGAAAGCAGAGGGGUUGAUCCUGUUUGAAGGCUCUGGAGGGCAGAUCCCUCUCUCCGCUACCAUUGACGACAUGGCGGCCUACACCAAGCGUGACCGGUGAGUAGAAACGCCAC